CUCACCACCACCCGGGUAUCGCGAUUUACCCGCUUUUUUUCACCAAACCCAAAUAUCACCACAACACAACAACACUUCAGAGUUGAGUGAAUUUAAUCACAAGGACGAAUCAAUUUAAUUUUAGUGUAACCAUGGCAACCGAUACGGCAACCACGCCCAUGGAAACGCCACCUCCUCCGAUGGAAGUUGAAUCUCUCACAGAAGCGGCCUCAAGGCAGAUGAGGGAGUUGGAUCUCAGUAAAGAAACGCAGAAUGGUAACUCAGCAAAGAAGAAAUCCGCUGCCAUGGCAACGCCCCGCUCGUCGUCCGUUUCCAGGGCAACGAUUAAAUCCCCAACGACGCUGAGAUCUCCUACGACGUCGUCAACGGGGAGUUUCACCGAUGAGAAAAUUAAACUGCCCAUGAAUAAAAUCACCGUUGGCAACGCUCCAUCCCCACAAAUCUCCAAGGCAACCUCGAAAAUUGGAUCCUUAGAAAACACCAGCUACAAACCGUCGGGGGGCAAAGUAAAAAUUGAUCACAAAAAACUAGAGUGGAACGCAAAGAGUAAAAUUGGAAGUUUGGGGAAUUUGGGGCACACGCCGGGCGGGGGGGCCGUCAAGAUAACAACGAAAAAAGUGGAGAUAAAAGCCACGUCCCGGAUCGGUUCCCUUGACAACACGGGUUACAAACCGGGGGGAGGAGCUAAAAAGAUUUUCGAUGAUAAGGAUUACAUGAAACGGGCCAGUCGAAGUUCCGCCUCCAGUUUUGGUGGGGCUGCUGCUGGAGGGAAAAGCUCGGAAAAUUUAUCAGCAAAAACCUCUCGGGCCACGCGAAGUCUGUCCGUGAGCGAUAAAAAAACUGCGGAUGACUAAAAAAAUUUUUGCCUUUUUCUUAUUUGGCUAACGUGUAAAUUUAUUAUGUAAAUUGCUUAUUUAAUGUAAAUAAAUUCCAGUUUCGUUACCAUGACAA